UUGUCCUGCUCCAGAGCUGGCAGAACUGUCUCGAGCGCUCGAUUCUCUCUCUCGAGGGGAGGUUCGCUACCUGUGCAUGCAGCUCGGGGUCCGACCAGCCACUCUCAGCAAUAUCGACGCUAGCCCUCUCAACGACCCUCUCACGUGUAUCACAAAGUACUUGGAGGCCUGGCUGGCUUCUGAGGGUCCCCUGUCGUGGGACGUGAUCGCGGACGUGCUCAGCUCCGCGCAGCUUGGGAAAACUGCUCUCGCUGCAAGGAUAAAGAAAACCUACUGCCGCUCUGCCGGUGAUCCUAUCGCUGACCAUGCACCGUGUUCUCCUGUGUCACUCGACCAAUUAUCUGAAUCUUUUUCCACUACGUCUGAAGAUGGUGUCCCUGGUGCUGGAGGCAUUGAGUUGACAACGUUCGUCCAACCUCAAAUUCAGUUGGAUCCUGUUGAAGAUCCACUUCCCGGUUUAAAGCCUGCUCCUAGUCCGUCUCGCACCAAAUCCAAAUUGAAUGAUCAGAAACUGGCAAAGAAAGUAACCAGCUUCAAGAGAAGGUUUCGUGCCAUUGUCAUCAGUGCAAAUGUCCACUUAUCUCAGCAAAUGUCACGGACUGAUUUUGACAGUUUCAAAAUUGAUCUCACAACUUUACCGAUGUUGGGAAAGACACACCACUUUCUACAGAAGGAAAGAAAGAAGAUUCGAAAAGCGAAAUCUGUUCUAAAGGUUUUUGAAAUCCUUGAUCCAUAUUGGAACCACGUUGACUAUGCGUUAUUGGAGCACAUCGUGGUGCACUACUGUAAUGAGAAGAUAAAGCGGCAAAUGGCAAGAUACAAACACAAAUUGCAUAGAUUUGAAAAGGCCACAUCUGUUCAACGUUUGAAAUCUGUUGUUACAGAAAGAUGCCAGAUUCCUUCUAAUUACAGUGCACUCACUGUCACUCUAGAUAUGGACGGGGAGGAAUGUUCACUCUAUCAUGCACGAGAGAUUAAGGAGUCCAUAACUGAGAGAGCGAACUUGGAACCCUAUGUUACUCUCUUAGAAAACCUUCACUCGAGUUCAGUCGUACUGACGAUAGCAUUUCCUCGCACCAUUCGCAGCCACAUGGAGCAAACACUGCCCAGAAUCAUUGUUUGGGCAGAACUCGGCAUUGUACCACGUUCACUCAUUUUUUGUGAUCUGGACCAACAAACAUCUACUUUUUCGAGAGUCCGUGACUUUUUUGUUCACAACAACAACAGCAGAAGAGAAGAGAUUACCUACACCGUCAGACACCGCGACCUGAACCCAAGGUACAAGGAUUUAGGGCCCGAAUCAGUGAAAAUAUUAUGUGAGGAGAUUGAGUCCGAACACAGUGAUCAGGAAGUCACUCUUCAGUUCCAGUGGAAGUCACGUGAGAUAGAAUUUCAUAUUUGUGGUUUGGAAGAAGGGGUCUGUACAGCUCUUCAACUCUUACAGCAAAAGGUGCUGAAAUCAACAUCUGGUGAAUCAGCCCCCAACACUGAAGAAUUAUGUGGUGACAGUCACUUAAAUAAAGAGUCUUUUGAAUCAUCUCUUAUGCCCGAUCCACCACAAUAUGUCAGAGAAGAGCUAACCUAUUUUAUAAAGUAUAAUGAACUGAAGUCAGAGUUAAGAACUUUAAAGUCUCGACGGGUGAGAGGGUUUUGCGAGGAGAUAGAGUCCCAGACCAAGGAAGAAGAGGUCUCCAUUCACUUUACACGGCGGCCACAUGGUCUCGAGUUCACUAUUGCUGGUCUUGAGGAGGGUGUGGGCAAAGCACUGUUUCUUAUUCUACAAGAGUUUCAAGAGCCGAUUGCAGCUGCAAGUUUCAUGGCUUCAUCAGUGCCUGGACAUCAAUCUGUACCACUAACAAAGGAAGUGUUGCAAAAACACUAUGAACAAAUGUUGACGGAGGUUCGUCAGUUCCACUGUUCAAGAUGUGACGUUUCAUGGUGGCGGGUUGUCCCCAGCAAUAAGCCAGUAUCCAGAUGUAUGAGGUGUCACACAAAGUUCAAUGCCCUUCCUCAACGCUGGGUGUGUGGGGUUGGUCGUUUCAUCUGCCCCAUUGUAGAGUGUGGCUACAUCUUCUAUUCUGAAUGUUUUGGAGGGACUCAGCUAAUGUGUCCUAGGUGUUUUCAUGAUGUGGAAGAUCCAUUCAUCCAUCCUAGGUUCAAGCACAAGCCUCAUGUUAAACAGUACAAUUUGUUUUUAGGCGUGCCUCUCUCAAGCACAUUUCACAUUCCAACUGGAUCCACUCUGCAAACCUGGCUUUCACAACCUGAUUCACUCUGGUCAGCUUCGAGCGCUCCUAUUAUCCAAGGACCUACAGAACAAUUUGGCUAUCGACACUACAGCACCCCAAGCCCAGUGGAAAGAGAUGUUGCUAGUCGUGGAUCUCACAGUCGCAGUACAUGUUCUGGGUAUCGCAGUUACUCCAGAUGAUUAUUCAGGAACAAAGGAAGUUAAGCCUAUAGCAGCAAGGUAGCUAAAUCUAUUGCAUUGGCAUUAGCUAAUUUUUCUCUA